ACCAAGUUGCGGGACCAUAGCUUCUUGAAUCAUGCAUGUUGGUUAUGUUCCUCCGAGACAACAGGCAAUGUCAUGUGCAGUUCUGUGUUUUCAAAUGUUUAUUAGUUUUUAAAGUUCAAUAUAGAUGAUAUAAAUAACUAAUUACAAAGAAUUGUAUAAUAAUAAAAUGCCAAUUACAUGUUCUACGGAAUGCGGACGACAAGCAGUAUUGAAGAUUGGACGGAAAAACAACUGCACAUUCUGUGGAGUUUUUCGACGUCAAGCUCUGGAUAGAGGUGCUGCUCUUCUGGGAGUUGAUUGCAUUGCAACUGGACAUAAUGCUGAUGACAUUGCGGAAACUGUACUGAUGAAUGUUUUAAGAGGAGAUAUAGCAAGGUUACAAAGGUGUACUUCAAUUAUCACUGCAGGCGAAGGCGCUAUAAGUCGUUGCAAGCCUCUAAAAUAUACUUACGAAAAGGAGAUAGUGAUGUACGCUUAUUUUAAGCGUCUUGUAUAUUUUUCAACAGAGUGUAUUUUCGCUCCGAAUGCUUAUCGGGGAUACGCCCGAACCUUAUUAAAAGAUUUGGAAAAAAUAAGACCUUCGAGCAUUAUAGACAUCAUACAUUCAGGUGAACGUUUGCAAAUAAAGGACACAGUUAAGUUCCCAGAAAGACGAAAUUGCACGCGCUGUGGAUUCGUCUCCAGCCAGGAAAUAUGGCGGAAGAGGAAGCGAACAGGAAGUGUCAGAUAACCCUCUCUCCAGCGUCAAGCCGCGUGCGGCGCAGUAGACGUGGUCCCAACUUGGGUAUCUUUAUCUACUGCGCUUGCCCGGUGCAGCGACCCUCAUUGGUCACUUUUGGCGCACAAGAGAAUUAACAAUUAUUAAAAUAAAAAUAUAUACUUAUUAUAAAUUGUACAUUAAUUCAGAAAUUACGCAGUAAUUUUUUGCCAGUGCCAAAAAUAAUAAUACUAGUUAAAUACCUGAAAAUGACGUUUUCAGCUCAGAACAAUUUUUUUUAAUUCAGAGGAGCCAAAUAAUGACGCUCAAAAUGUGAAAAAAGGAACAAAAAUCAUCAUUGUUGAUAAUAAAAAUGUAGCCUGUGUUUAUUGGUACUAAAAAAUGCGGCUAUUUGUACCAAUAUUUCGCUAUACACUCGGCUCGCUAAAUAAAACAUUUUUGUUCUUCAAAAACCUUUUUCAAUGAAAUAUAAAUUCAUCUUUUGAAUUGAAACAAAAUGGGCUAUUGUUUACCAAAUAUACGCAUUGGUAUUUUUUUCUAAACUUACACCAGAAAUUACGUUAUUUCUGAUAUUAAUAGGCAAUUUACAAUCAUAACCUAUUUUAAUUUUAAUAAUUGUUAAUUAUGCCGGUUUGAAUCAUGCGCCAAGAGCGACCAAUGAGAAUCGCUGCACCGGGUAAGCGCAAUAGCUCAACAUACCAAGUUGGGAUCACUGCGCAGUAGCCGCAGCCGGCCACGUAUGCGUGUGCGUGAGGCAGCGUGAGAGGAGUCAACGAGUGACGGCAAGCGAACAAACAACCUUAAAAUGAAGGACUUUAAAAUGUCCUUUCCGAAAUUGAAAUAGAAGUACGAUCAUAAAUAACAAGCAGAGAGGCGAUAUCAAUAGAGUAGGCGACACUCAAGGAUCCUUUGUUAAGCUUUCGGAUUAAAAUUUAGAAGUAGAAUUUUAAAUUUCAUAGUUAACAGCCUAAAACAUAAUAAUUCUG